GGCAGCAAUGACAUCAGUAUUUUGAACCAACUUGUUAUUCGGGGAGCAAUCAGUUGCAAUUAGGUAUUAAUUAAGUAUUAUGAAAGUUGAUUAUUUAAGUGAAUUCGGCUUUCGUCUCUCCGACUAUGCUGAAAGAACUCUAUGCACUGACGCCACCUCAGGAAACCCCAAGAUGGCUGCCAAGCGCAAAGGUGGCCUGAAGCUCAACGCGAUUUGUGCUAAGCUCAGCCGCCAGGUUGUCGUCGACCGCAAGGGACCUGAGCAGGGACCCGCCGACAAGGCGCCCCUGAGGCAGGACGGCCUCGGCGGCGCCCCCGCCAAGCACGCCGCCCGGCUUGGAGCGAAGGAGCCGGGGGCCGGGUUUUCCGAGGGGGGCGGCUGCGUGCAGAAGUUCGAGGAGGACAAGCGGAGGGAGGUGAUUGAAAAGUGGGUCAACGGGGAGUACAGCGAAGACGCCCUGCUGGGGCGCAUCGAGAGCAAGGAGGCCAAGGCCCCCGCCGGCACGGAGCUGCCCCCCGAGGGCGUGUACAUGGUGCAGCCCAAGGGCUGCAGCGACGAAGAGGACAACGGGGACGCCGCCGAGCCGCCGAGGGGCUCCCAAGAUGGCAGCUUCCUGGACGACCGGGAUCCGGACGGGCCUCCUCCGAAGGACGAAAGCUUCCGGACCGCUGGCAGCGAGGCUGGUUCCAAGCUAAGUGCCGGUGCUACCUCAGGGGAGGCCUCGUCGCUGCGGGACUACGCUGCUACCACCAUGACCGAGUUCCUGGGCAUGUUUGGUUACGACGACCAAAACAUGCGGGACGAGCUGGCCCGCAAGAUUAGCUUUGACAAGCUGAACGCCGCUACCUCAGACGUCGCCCCGGCUGCCACCGCCGCGUCCUCCCUUGCCGCUGACGACGCCGUCAGCAAGAGGGCCCGCUUUUCCAAGUACGAGGAGUACAUCCGCAAGCUGAAAGCCGGGGAGCAGGUCCCGUGGCCCCUCCACCCGGCCAAGACGGAGGAGCUGGCCGCCAAGCUCAGCAAGGAAGCCCCCGUGGCCCUGGCACAGCCCAUCCGGCUGCCGGCCCCCGACGCCCCGCUGCUGCCCGAGACGAAGGCCACCAUUUUGCCUCUGCCCUCCGCCGGCAGUUCCCAGAUGCAAGGGCUGAUGUCGCGGGCCUCCAAGUACGACUUCUUCAUCCAGAAGCUGAAGACGGGCGAGAGCCUGCGACCCCAGAACGGCAACAGCUACAAGAAGGCCUCCAAGUACGACCUGGAGAACGUCAAGUACCUGCAUCUCUUCAAGCCGGGCGAAGGCAGCCCGGACAUGGGAGGGGCCAUCGCCUUCAAGACCGGCAAGGUGGGGCGCCCCUCCAAGUACGACGUCCGGAACGUCCCGCAGAAGCUCGCUCCCGUCAAGGCGCCGGUGCCCAGCCUGGCCCCCGCCCCCCUCACCAGCCCCCCUAGCAGUGCUCCAGCGGCCGUCCCCGAGCAGCCGGCCCCUUUGUCCUUCAACACCCCCGAGUACCUGAAGUCCACCUUCUCCAAGACGGACUCCAUCACAACAGGAACGGUUUCCACUGUUAAGAACGGAUUAACCACUGACAAACCAGCUGUCACCGAAGAUGUAAAUAUUUACCAGAAAUAUAUUGCCAGGUUUUCUGGAAGCCAGCACUGCGGACACAUUCACUGUGCGUACCAAUACCGUGAACAUUAUCACUGCCUUGACCCGGAGUGUAACUAUCAGAGAUUCACCAGUAAGCAAGACGUGAUCCGGCACUACAACAUGCACAAGAAACGGGACAAUUCCCUCCAGCACGGCUUCAUGCGCUUCAGCCCGCUGGACGACUGCAGCGUUUACUACCACGGCUGCCACCUGAACGGGAAAAGCACACACUACCACUGCAUGCAGGUGGGCUGUAACAAGGUCUACACCAGCACUUCGGACGUCAUGACCCACGAAAACUUCCACAAGAAGAACACGCAGCUCAUCAACGACGGGUUCCAGCGGUUCCGGGCCACGGAAGACUGCGGUACCGUGGACUGCCAGUUCUACGGGCAGAAGACCACUCACUUCCACUGCAGGCGGCCGGGUUGCACGUUCACCUUCAAGAACAAGUGCGACAUCGAGAAGCACAAGAGCUACCACAUCAAGGACGACGCCUACGCCAAGGACGGCUUCAAGAAGUUCUACAAGUACGAGGAGUGCAAGUACGAGGGCUGCGUCUACAGCAAGGCCACCAACCACUUCCACUGCAUCCGGCCUGGCUGCGGCUUCACCUUCACCUCCACCAGCCAGAUGACGUCGCACAAGCGCAAGCACGAGCGCCGGCACAUCCGCAGCUCCGGCGUGCUGGGCCUGCCCGCCUCCCUCCUGGGCGCCAAGGGCGACGAGCAGGAGGAGUCCAGCAACGACGACCUCGUCGACUUCUCCGCCAUGAGCUCCAAGAACUCCAGCCUGAGUGCCUCCCCCACCAGCCAGCAGUCCUCCGCCUCCCUGAUCGUCCCGGGCGCGCCGCUCUCCUCCUCCUCCUCCGCGGCCGACCUCGCCGCCUCGCAGGCCGCCGGCAAGCCCGCCAACAGCCUGCCGCCGGCCUCCAAGAUCCCCGGCCUGCUCCCUCAAGCCCUCCCCGGCAACAUCCCCUUGGCCCUGGCGCUCUCCAGCGCCACCCUCCCUGGGACGGCGGGCUCUUACUUCCCCAUCCUGCCCAGCCGGGGGCCCGGCCCGCUGCCCGCCACCUCCGCGGGCCUGAUCGGCGCCACGGGCACCAGCCCGGCCUCCUCCGCCAAUUCCCCCUCCCAGGCCAUCUCAGGUUCCGUCGAGGCCACCUCUUCGCCCACCCCGGCGGCGUCCAUCAUGGAGAGGAUCUCCGCCAGCAAAGGCUUGAUUUCGCCCAUGAUGGCCAGAUUGGCGGCGGCGGCGCUGAAGCCCUCUGUGGCUGUGGAGGCAGGGAACGGGCAGCCAACGGCUCCGGGACACUUUAACCUUGCUCAGAUCAAGCAAGAGAUCAUGGAGAAUCCGGGCACUUUGUCCACCGUGGCCCAGAAUUCCUUGCAGGAACACAGCUUGGACCUGAGUGUGAAGGAUCAUGGUAAUGAAUCAAAUGGCCACACAGUCUCGGCAAAUUCAUCUCUUUUAUCCUCGCUUAUGAAUAAGAUGACUCAGACUAACCCCAACCUUGGGAACCUUCUCGGCUUGAAGGUCGAAGGUGACGUCAGCCAGCAGGGGGCUGGGGGGGACGCGACGCAAUACCUGGGCAAGACAGUGAAGGCUCUUGUUCAAGAGAAACUUUCUGAGCCCUGGAAGAUGUACUUGCGCAGGUUCGGUACCAAGGACUUCUGCGACGCCCAGUGCGACUUCCUCCAUAAAGUGCAUUUCCACUGCGUGGUGGAAGAAUGUGGAGCCCUCUUCAGCACCUUGGACGGCGCCAUCAAGCACGCCAAUUUCCACUUCCGAACAGAGGGCGGUGCUGUGAAAGGAAACUCCGACCUCUCUUUCCCGACGGCUGCUGAGACCAAGACCUCCGUAUCUCCUUCAUCUCCAACCUCUUCUUCCGCCGCUCUGGCCAAUGCCUCUGCCCCAGACGUGCCCGUCGCGAGCCCGGUGACUGUGACCGCCGCCCCCAGCCUCCUCGCCUGGAAACAACUGGCUUCCACCAUGUCGCAGAUCCCUGCGUCAGUGCCUAACCUGGCUACAUCCCCCUUGGCGACGACGUCCCUCGAGAACGCCAAGCCUCAGGUCAAGCCAGGGUUCCUCCAGUUCCAGGAGAAUGAUCCCUGUCUGGCGACAGACUGCAAGUACGCCAACAAAUUCCACUUCCACUGUCUCUUUGGGAACUGCAAGUACGUGUGCAAAACCUCUGGGAAAGCCGAGUCCCACUGCCUCGACCACAUCAACCCCAACAACAACCUGGUGAAUGUGCGCGACCAGUUUGCUUACUACUCCCUGCAGUGUCUCUGCCCGAACCAGCACUGUGAGUUCCGAAUGCGAGGGCAUUACCACUGCCUUCGUCCCGGCUGCUUCUUCGUGACCAACAUCACCACCAAGCUCCCCUGGCAUGUGAAGAAGCACGAGAAAGCGGAGCGACGGGCGGCCAACGGCUUCAAGUACUUCACCAAGCGGGAAGAAUGUGGCAGGCUAGGCUGCAAAUACAACCAAGUCAACAGCCAUUUCCACUGCAUCCGCGAGGGCUGCCAGUUCUCCUUCUUGCUGAAGCACCAGAUGACGUCGCACGCCAGGAAGCACAUGCGGAGGAUGCUGGGAAAGAACUUCGACCGGGUCCCCACUCAGGUUAUGGGACACACUUCUAGGAAUGAAAACCUGGGCCAGGUCAGCAGCAUGGCGCCCAGCCCAGCCUCGUCGGGGACUCCGGUUUCCUUUCAGGGACCCCAAAGUAUGAUGGAUACCGAGACGGACGAGUACAUGGACUACACGGGAUGCAGCCCUGGCGGGGUCUCCUCGGAGUCCUCCAACAUGGACCGCAGCUGCUCCAGCACGCCCGUGGGCAACGAAAGCACUUCGGCAGGGAACACCAUCACCAUGCCGACCGCCGCCGGGGCGAAGAAGCGCUUCUGGAUCAUCGAAGACAUGUCCCCUUUCGGCAAGCGGCGCAAAACCGCGUCCUCCCGCAAGAUGCUGGACGAAGGGAUGAUGCUGGAGGGCUUCCGGCGGUACGACCUCUACGAGGACUGCAAGGACGCCGGCUGCCAGUUCUCCCUCAAGGUCACCCACUACCACUGCACCCGGGAGAACUGCGGCUACAAGUUCUGCGGCCGCACCCACAUGUACAAGCACGCCCAGCACCACGACCGGGUGGACAACCUGGUGCUGGACGACUUCAAGCGCUUCAAGUCCUCGCUCAGCUGCAACUUCCCCGGCUGCCAGUUCUCGGGGAACAGCACGCACUUCCACUGCCUCCGCUGCGGCUUCCGCUGCACCGACAGCACCAAGGUGACGGCCCACCGCAAGCACCACGGCAAGCAGGACGUCAUCAGCGCCGCCGGCUUCUGCCAGUUCAGCUCCAGCGUGGACUGCGCGGUGCCCGAGUGCAAGUACAAGCUCAAGUGCUCCCACUUCCACUGCACCUACCCGGGCUGCAAGCACACGGUGGUGGGCAUGUCACAGAUGGACUCGCACAAGCGCAAGCAUGAGAAGCAGGAGCGCGGCGAGCUGCCGGCCAUCUCUCCGGGCCCCGAGGGCCUCCCCCACCCCGCGCUGGACGCCUCUGUCAACCUGGACAGCUCCCUCAACCUCAGCACCGACGCGAACAGCGCACUCUUCUUCCUGCAGAACGCCGCCGGCGUGGGGCUCAGCGACUCCUUGGACCUCAGCCAGAAGCCGCUGGAGGUGGCGGGCGGCGCUCCUUCCCCCAUCAGAGAGGGGGCGGCCCCUGCGGAGGGCGAGCGGCUCCUCGCCGGCUGUGGGCACGUGGAAGAGGAGGAGGAGGACUCUUCCCACGAGGAGGACGAGGAGGAGGAGGAGAUGAACGAGGAGGAGGAGGAGGACGACGACGACGACGAUGAUGAAGAGGAGGAGGACGAGGAGGAGGAGGAUCUGAACACGGACUCCGAAGAGUCGCUUCCCGACGCAGAGGGCCUGCCUGCUAAAGACGUUCAGGAAGCAGGGGAGGCGGCUUCUCCUUCUGCAGAUCACAGCGAUGCUUCCAGGCCGCUCGGCGAGCCAGUCCUGACCCCUGUCCCCGAGGCCUCCCCUUAGCAUACAGAGAGCAGCAGGGGGUUGAUCUUUAAACGAACCGAAUGAACGAGAGGACCCCGCUAGGUGAGGCGAGAACAAACGCUAGAGCGGCAAGAGGCAAACACACACACACACACACACACACACACACCCCUACCUAACUCCACCCCAGGAAGUGCACAAGAUAAAAGAGGAAACCACAAAUCCUCGGACCACGCGCAAAAAACCC